AUGGCAGGCACCUUGAAGGUCGGAGACAGCUUGCCCAGCGAUGUGACUUUUAGCUACAUCCCAUACACCCCAGAGAUUAGCGAUAUCACUUCUUGUGGUAUUCCCGUCAACUACAAUGCCAGCAAGGAAUGGGCCGACAAGAAGGUAGUCGUCUUCGCCGUUCCUGGCGCCUUCACCCCCAGCUGCUCUGCCAAGCACCUCCCCGGUUUCAUCGAGAAGCUACCCGCGCUCAAGAGCAAGGGUGUCGAUAUCAUUGCUUGCAUUGCAUAUAACGAUGCCUGGGUUAUGAGUGCAUGGGGAAAGGCCAACGGUAUCAAGGAUGAUAGUAUUCUUUUCCUGUCAGACACCGAUGCCGCAUUCUCCAAGAAGCUGGGUUGGACCGUAGGCGAGCGGACCGCCAGAUAUGCAGUGAUCAUUGACCACGGGAAGAUCACUUAUGCUGAGAAGGAGCCUGGACGGGAGGUGUCCGUCUCUAGUGCUGAGGCUGUUCUGUCCAAGCUUUGA